AUGAAGAUUAUGCAGCUGAACCUGAACCACUGUGCAGCGGCUCAGGACCUCCUACUGGAGUCGGUCAGGGAGAACGGGGUGGAUGUAUGCGUUCUUAGUGAACCCUUCAGAUCUGGUUUUGGAGCUGAUUGGACGUGCGACCACACCGGCAAGGCGGCUAUUUGGGUUUGUGGCAGAAACCCACCCGAGUUUGGCUACCAACGGGCUGACGGCGGCUUCGUCAGGGCGCUAGUGGGCAGCGUGUGGGUGUACGGCGUAUACCUAGCCCCCAGUUUGUCAAUUUCGGACUUUGCUAACAUACUGGACAGAUUAGCUGCGGACGCCAGGUCAACAGUCGACGCUAUCGAAAAAGUAGUUGGUAUUGCUUCCAAUGCAAUUGCUGGCACUCGCUGGAAAGGGGGCCAGAAGAAGUACUGUCUGAUGGUCACAUUGGACAUCAGAAAUGCCUUCAACUCGGCCCGCUGGAGCUGCAUCUUACGGGCGCUAGACUCAUUCAAAGUCCCACGGCAGCUGUUAAAGAUCAUCAGGAGUUACUUCUCUUCAAGAGUUCUUAAAUAUGAUACCAGCGCUCGAACGGAAGAGUACAUCGUAACGGGAGGCGUACGUCAGGAGUCUGUGCUUGGCCCGCUAUUGUGGAACGCGAUGUAUGACGGAAUCCUUCGACUGGACCUGCCGACAGGAGCAAGCCUAAUUGGUUUCGCCGACGACAUUGCGCUACUUGUGGUCGCUAAGAAGCUGGAGGUCGCCGAAACAAAUUGCAACCUAGCUAUCGAUUGCAUUAGGACUUGGCUGCUCUCCGUUGGACUGGAGUUGGCUCCCCAUAAAAGGGAAGCAGUGCUGAUCAGUAGCAGGAAGAAGGUUGAAUCGGCGGUAGUCAAGGUCGGAGCCGCCCAGAUUACCUCCAAGCGAACACUCAAGUAUCUUGGAGUAACAAUCGACUCGAGGCUAAGUUUUCGAGAACACCUGCAGGAGGUUGGCCGCAAGGCUGCAGUCACCAACAGGGCGUUAUCUCGCUUGAUGCCCAACACCAGGGGCCCCAAACAGAGUCGUCGAGCUUUACUAGCAAGCGUGACAAGGUUCAUAGCCCUCUAUGCUGCUCCUAUCUGGGCAGACGCCGUUUUCAAAAGCUCUUACAUCGGCGGCUUGGCGUCAACCUUCCGGCUGAGCGUCAUUAGAACCAUAAGCGGUUUCAGGGCCGUUUCCGAUGAGGCUGCACAUGUCAUUGCCGGCAUACCCCCUUCGAGGAAAUGGCCAGGGAGAGGAGGGAAUGCCUCGACAGGUGGCAGACCCGGUGGAACGAGACGUCCAAAGGACGGUGGACUCGCCGGCUUAUCCCUCUCAUCAAGGAGUCACGGUCAGAUAAACUUUUACUUGACCCAGGCCAUCAGUGGCCACGUCUGCUUCAGGAGCUAUUUGUUUCGGUUCGGACAUGACACAGCCGAAGAGUGCUCCGCCUGUUUCCCGACUGCGGUAGAGGAUGCCAAGCACGUCAUUUUUCAGUGCGGUAGAUACGCAACCCUCAGACAAAAGCUGGCAGAUGUAAUUGGCGAAAGGUUAACGGUGUCGACGUUGGUUCCGCUGAUGCUGGUAUCGUCCACUAACUGGACACUGAUCAGCCAAUUUGUGGCAGCGGUCAUGAUCGAGCAAAGGAGGGCCGAGAAGGCCAGACAAAGAACGAGGGAGUAA